UGUCUCACACGGGAAUGGGUGCGGGGCAGUCCGGCUCGGUAUCACUGCCCUACCCCGUCCGUUCAGCCACACUGUCAGCGUGCGGGAAUAACCGGAGCUGCUGAUCACCCGCAAGUCCCGAGCAUGUAUUCAAGCAAGACGAGUUUGUGAGACGGGGCAUCUCGGUCAUAUACCACAGACUGUGCCCUCCAGUCCCGGAGGAAAGAACAGGAUCAAGUGGUCGAUCCCGUUUCCCCCCGCCGUCAGUCAACACCGAGCCCGCUGUUGUUACAGUGAUAACCUUGGACAGGGAGGUCUGAGGUGCUGGAACUGGGAUGGGAUCGCAGCACUCCAGAGAGCUCGACAUCUAACAUUGCCUGGCGUCUGUUCCGUCCAUUCAAAGUCUCUAUGAAAUGGAAAAUCGCGGGAUCGCCAAUAUUCUCUAUUACUUGAUGCUGAACGCACCGCUUUUGCUCUGUGUUAACGCAAAAUUUCUUGAAGUACCCCAGGAUGUGAUUGCUAAAGAAGGCGAUGACAUUGAGAUGUCUUGCGCGUUCCGAGCCAGUGGGACCACCUCGUAUUCGCUGGAGAUCCAGUGGUGGUACCUGAAGCAAUCCCCCCGGGAGAUGGCACGCGGUGCCCAGGGAGCCAGGCCCAAGGUACCAAUCAACAAAGAUGCCACCAAAAUCAGCACUGUCCGGGUGAUGGGCAAUGACAUUUCGCACAAGCUGCGGCUCUCUGGCGUGAAGAAGGAGGAUGAGGGUGUUUAUGAAUGCAGAGUAACCGACUUUAUCGACGACGAAACUCAGGAACACAAAGCCCAGGCCACCUUACGGGUCUUAGCCCGCUACAGCCCGGAGAUGCAAGCGGCCGAAGCUGUCUCCCACAUUCAGAGUAACGGACCCCGGAGGGGAAGCGUGCAUUCCACCUCGGUACCGGGCUCAGACAAGAGGCGAGUGGCAGAAGCAGGCCCUGGCAACGAUACCGUCUCCUCAGCCAGUCCCGCCUCUGUCUCCCCACCCCCAGGCAACGCAGCCAUGAUUGGACAGCACACCUCCGAUGGGAAACCAACGCAGACGCUAACUUCAGGUUUUGAACCCCUUUCUGCAACUCACCCUUUCCUAUUUAUCUCGCUGCUGAUCUUACAGAGGCUCUGCACAUAUUAGUAAACCUUGACUGAUUCCUCCAAAGUAACCUUUCUCAAUCAAACAAAGAAAAUGUGCAAUGGAGAGACAAAAAAAAAGACUAUAAAGAGUGAAGAAUUUUAAAAAAACUGCUUAGAUCAGACUGCGUUUCAAACAUUGCAAAGGAAGCACCGGAAGACAUGAGAGGGAAAAAUGUUUAUCUGAGAAUGACCUUCAAACAUUUUCAGCAGUCAAAUAUUGCACAUUCUAAAUGUUCUCAAUGUGGUAAAUUAAUUUCCCAACAAACAUAAUGUAAAGCCUUGCUGUAUGUAGCAUGGCAAUUGGAUUAUUUGUAACAAAUUCCACCUUCUUGUUUCCUGCUCAACUCAUUCCAUCACCACCUUGACAUUCUAAACUGACCAUACAGGAUCAGUAACCUAACAAAACUUUAGAUUGAUCUCUUUGUUCAUUCAUGUUUUAUUUUAUGGUAUUUAGAUUUUUGAUUCGCUUUGAGAAUUUUACGUAAAUACAACACAUCCCAUCAUAAAUAUAUUUAGCAUCAACAAUAUUUAUUUUUAAUAAAGAUGGAAAUUAAGGUAAGACAUUCAUUUAUAAACUGUAUUGAUAUAUUGCUGAAAAUAAGUUGGAAUAAAGAAUUUUCAAAUAAUGUCUUCAAAUACCUGAAUUGCUGAGCCUCUCAAUCUUAGCACAAAAAUAACCAAUUCAUUAAAUUUGUUUUCUUUAAA